UUAUGACCAACUUUGCUGUUUACCGGGUUGCUGAUAAACAGGCAAAGACUUUGAACCGGUUUAACAAAUUUUUAUCUAUUAACACAGUGACAAUGGCAGCGAAAAGUUUGGCUCGGUUUGUGGUCUCCAGAAUUUCCACCCCCGCCUCCAACAAGGCAUUCCUUAACAACCCCAACAUCAAAUUCUACAGCGUUCAAAAAAACUUCGAAUUUAUUAAAACGCACAAAGCUGGGGCCCGCAACAAUGUGGGGGUGAUUACUCUGAACCGGCCAAAGGCCCUUAAUGCCCUUUGCAACGGCUUGAUGCAGGAAGUUGCCGACGCUUUGGACGUGUUUGAGAAGGACAACGACGUGGGGGCUAUCAUAAUCACCGGUAGCGAAAAGGCCUUUGCUGCAGGUGCCGACAUCAAAGAAAUGCAAAACAACACUUAUUCGCAAUGCGUUCGGGGCAACUUUUUGGCCCAUUGGAACCGCGUCUCUGAGAGCGUGAAGCCGGUGAUUGCUGCCGUCAACGGCUACGCUCUGGGGGGCGGUUGCGAGCUGGCCAUGAUGUGCGACAUCAUCUACGCAGGCGAGAAUGCCAAGUUUGGGCAACCGGAGAUCUUGAUUGGGACCAUUCCGGGGGCUGGGGGCACCCAGAGGUUGACGAGGGUUGUGGGGAAGUCCAAGGCUAUGGAGAUGGUGCUCACGGGGGAUCAAGUGCCGGCGCACGAGGCCGAGAAGAUGGGUCUGGUCAGUAAAGUCUUCCCGGUUGAGAAACUGAUGGACGAAACGGUCAAACUAGCGGAGAAAAUUGCGAAAAAUUCGCACCUAGUUAACGGAAUGUGCAAGGAGUCGGUCAAUACAGCGUACGAAACGACGCUCAGAGAGGGGCUCCACUUCGAGAAACGGAUGUUCCACGGGACCUUCGCUACUAAAGACCGCAAAGAAGGAAUGACUGCUUUUAUUGAGAAACGGGCCCCGAAUUUCACAAAUGAAUAAUUUUUUUAAUACAUAAUGUUUGAAA